AUGAACUUCCUCACAAAAGUCACGGCCCUUCUCCUCCCUCUCCUCCCCUGCGCCCUCGCUCAAGCUAUCACCUCAUCCUCCUUCUACCUCGUCAUCGAGCAGCCAGGCGCCACACGCGACAACACAACCCUCUACAGCUGUCCCACCGCCGGCCACUACAGUGCCCUCUGCCCCGACUACCUCAACCCAGUCAUGAACAGAAACUCUACAACGUUCCACCUAAACUCCACCAGCAUCGACCCGGCUUCUGAAUUCCUGACGGUGGAUGUUGUGGAUGAGAACAUGGACUACAUCGAGUCCAAAGCAUUGGUAUUCGCAUAUGGCCCCACGACCAAUGUUGCCACACCGCUGUUCACGAGCGCGGACGUGAAGGAGUAUACGAAGUUGAUUACUGCAACGACUGUCUAUUUCGAUGACAGUGAGCAUCUUGGAAUCCGCUCGAACUAUGAUGACUCGGUUGAUCCGGCGGUCUUGGGGCAUUGGGUUGCGUACUACAAGUGGUAA